AUGUCUACAUGCGUUCCUCCUUCUCUCACUGGCACUUUCACUGCUUCAAACAUGUUGUUCGAAGAUCCCAUUUCUAUUCGAGCUCGCGUCUGGGCCGAUGGCCAGUCGAUGGGGGAUGGGGGCGAUUCCACAGCCACUCAUAAAGUCUCUUCAACCCAUCUUCUCGCCCCACCCCACAAGGCGGAUACGGAGCCAACCCCUCCAGCCGUAGGUCUUCAUGCAUGUUGUACAACCCUUCUCGUCUUUAGCUCCAUUCUAAACCUGGUCGGGGGAGCUGGACACUUUUCUGGGGUCAGUUAA